AUGAAAGCAUACAUUUUUGUUCUCGUCGCAGUUUACUAUUUGCCCUUAAUACAACCUUCGUUUGUGAAUGGGAAUGACGUAAAUAGUGCUAACGACCACGUGAACGUCACUCUUAAAAAUCCUUUCACAGAUAAUAUUUCCUACGAACGGGAAGAUUUAUGGACAGAUAUAAAAUAUUUUUAUAUUCGCGUUCUCCCGAUUCUAUAUCAAUUUUUCGUCAUUCCUGAAGCUGCAGGCGGUAAAGUGGCAUUAUGGAAACGGUUUCUCAACGAUUUUAUUCAAAUGAUUUUGCCGGCUUUAAC